ACGAACGUAGCGUUCAAUCAGGGUGUUUUAUGCGAAAUCAGGUGAAAAUCAGUGAGCUCUGCGAAGCUGGGAUAAGGAUGUGGCGAGAACCUCCAGGCGGGGGGUGUAAGACACCCACCCACGUCAUCGCUAUGCUCCUGUUAGCUGCUUUCCUGGCAUUGACAACUGUUGUUUCGGCCGAGGAUGAAUCUAUGGGACCUGUGUUCGUCAAGGAACCGCCAAACCGCAUUGAUUUUUCAAACGGAACCGGAGCCGUCGUCGAAUGCCAGGCACGAGGAAAUCCUCAACCGGACAUCAUCUGGGUUCGUUCCGAUGGAACCGCCGUAGGGGACGUUCCCGGAUUGCGACAGGUUCUGCCGAACGGAAAUUUGGUGUUCCCUCCUUUCCGCGCCGAGGAUUACCGCCAGGAAGUUCACGCUCAGGUGUAUAGUUGCUUGGCACGCUCCUCUGCAGGUUCGGUACAUAGCCGUGAUGUCAACGUGAGAGCCGUCGUCACUCAGCCAUACAAUCCGGAGAUCUUAACUGAGUACGUUAUAAGGGGAAACAGCGCGAUCUUAAAAUGCAGCAUCCCCAGUUACAUCGCGGAAUUCGUUACUGUCGAGGCGUGGAUUCGCGAGGAUAAAGAGGUCUACCUUCCAGAGGAUCCUGCGGUCGUGCAGGAUGGAAAAUACUUGGUACUGCCGUCCGGCGAACUUCACAUCAGGGACGUCGGGCCUGAAGAUGGAUACAAGACCUACCAGUGUCGCACGAAGCACAGGCUCACAGGUGAAACUAGACUGUCCGCCACGAAGGGACGCCUCGUCAUUACCGAACCCAUUGGAAGCAAAGCACCCGCUUUUGCGGGCGAUGCGAAGUUGUCUCUCUUGGUGCGAAGAGCGAACAUGGACGUUAGUCUGCCUUGCAAUGCUCAGGGUCAUCCUCCUCCGGUAUCUAGAUGGUACAAGUUCAUCGAGGGUACGUCGAGGCGUCAGCCGGUCCAGUUGAAUGAGCGCGUACGCCAGGUCAGCGGCACUCUGAUCAUCCGUGAAGCACGAGUCGAAGAUUCCGGCAAAUAUCUCUGCAUCGUUAACAAUUCCGUCGGUGGCGAGAGCGUGGAGACUGUCUUGACCGUCACGGCACCACUGACUGCGGAAAUCGAGCCGAGCACUCAGACCAUCGAUUUUGGAAGACCCGCGACUUUCACCUGCACCGUCCAAGGCAACCCAAUCAAGACCAUCUCCUGGCUUAAGGAUGGAAAACCUCUUGGACUGGAAGAUCGCGUGCUCAGGAUCGAGAGCGUGAAGAAGGAGGAUAAGGGAAUGUACCAGUGCUUCGUUAGAAAUGACCAGGAAAGCGCGCAAGCAACGGCUGAGCUGAAACUUGGUGGAAGAUUCGAGCCGCCACAGAUUCGUCAAGCCUUUGCCGAAGAGACUCUUCAGCCCGGACCGAGCAUGUUUUUGAACUGUGUCGCCAGCGGAAAUCCUACUCCCGAAAUCACCUGGGAACUCGAUGGAAAACGCCUGUCGAACACUGAGAGACUGCAAGUGGGCCAAUACGUCACAGUCAACGGUGAUGUCGUGUCGCAUCUGAAUAUCUCGAGCAUCCAUACCAAUGAUGGUGGACUAUACAAGUGCAUCGCUGCAUCGAAGGUUGGAUCUGCUGAACAUUCUGCACGUCUCAACGUUUACGGAUUACCGUUCAUUCGUCACAUGGACAAGAAGGCUAUCGUCGCUGGAGAGACUCUGCGAGUCACUUGCCCCGUUGCUGGAUAUCCGAUCGAGAGUAUCGUCUGGGAGCGAGAUACCAGAGUUCUGCCGAUCAACAGAAAGCAAAAAGUUUUCCCCAAUGGCACACUCAUCAUUGAAAACGUCGAACGAAUGAGCGAUCAAGCAACCUACACCUGUGUAGCACGUAAUGCACAGGGCUACAGCGCACGUGGAACUCUGGAAGUUCAAGUUAUGGUCGCACCGCAAAUCGCUCCAUUUUCCAUCAGCGAAGAACCGGCUAAUUGGGGUGAGCAAGUCUCCGCAGUGUGUAGUGUCUUGAAGGGUGACUUGCCGAUCGAGAUACGGUGGAGUCUCAAUGGGGAGCUCAUAACGCAUCUCACUCAUCCGGACGUAACAAUCACGAAUACCGGGAAAAAGACAUCCGUGCUGACCAUUGAAUCCGUGACCGCCCGUCAUGCUGGCGAAUACAGCUGCGUCGCGAGCAACCUGGUCGGAUCCGUCAGCCGUUCUGCCAUCCUAUCGGUCAACGUACCUCCACGUUGGAUUCUGGAGCCCACUGAUAAGGCAUUCGCUCAGGGAUCUGACGCACGAGUCGAAUGCAAAGCCGACGGAUUCCCCAAGCCGCAAGUCACAUGGAAGAGAGCUGCUGGGGAUACGCCGGGAGAUUACACCGACCUGAAACUGAGCAACCCCGACAUCAGCGUGGAGGAUGGCACCCUCUCGAUCAAUAAUAUUCAAAAGACGAACGAAGGCUAUUACCUUUGCGAGGCUGUCAACGGCAUCGGAUCUGGCCUGUCCGCCGUCAUUCUCAUCUCGGUUCAAGCCCCUCCGCAAUUCGAGAUCAAACUGCGAAACCAGACUGCUCGUCGCGGAGAGCCAGCCGUAUUGCAAUGCGAGGCGCAAGGAGAGAAACCGAUCGGCAUUCUAUGGAACAUGAACAACAAGAGACUGGACACGAAGAGCGAUCCUCGCUACACUAUUCGCGAAGAGAUCUUGGCCAACGGAGUGCUGUCCGACUUGAGCAUCAAACGAACCGAGAGAACCGAUUCCGCGUUGUUCACCUGCGUGGCCACGAACGCCUUCGGCAGCGACGACACCAGCAUCAAUAUGAUCGUACAAGAGGUGCCGGAAGUCCCCUAUGGUCUCAAGGUGUUGGAUAAAUCGGGGCGUUCGGUGCAGUUAUCAUGGGCCGCGCCUUACGAUGGAAAUAGCCCGAUCACGCGAUACGUCAUCGAGUACAAGAUCAGUAAGGGCUCCUGGGAAACCGACAUCGACCGAGUGCUCGUACCUGGCUCUCGACAGAAUGUAGCCGGAGUGUUCAACUUGAGGCCCGCGACCACGUAUCACCUCCGAAUCGUCGCUGAGAACGAAAUCGGCACGUCCGAUCCUUCCGACACAGUCACGAUCAUCACGGCCGAGGAAGCGCCUAGCGGCCCGCCGACUUCCGUCAAAGUGGACGCUCUCGAUCAGCACACGCUUAAGGUAACAUGGAAACCGCCGCCACGCGAAGACUGGAACGGCGAGAUUCUUGGUUACUACGUUGGAUAUAGACAAUCAGCCGACAAGCCGUACAUGUUCGAGACCGUCGAGUUCUCCAAGGAAGAUGGAAAGGAGCACCACUUGCAGAUCAUGAACCUCAAGACUUAUACGCAGUACGGCGUGGUGGUUCAGGCGUUCAACAAGGUCGGUUCUGGCCCUAUGAGCGAAGAACGCAGACAGCACACAGCGGAGGGCGUACCUGAGCAACCACCUCACGACACCACUUGCACAACUCUAACAUCUCAGACUAUUCGAGUGUCCUGGAUGUCACCACCUCUCAUCGCGGCCAAUGGCGUGAUCACCGGCUACAAAGUAAUCUAUGGACCCUCCGACACGUGGUAUGACGAGAACACGAAGGACACGAAGAUCACGUCUUCCAGCGAGACCAUUCUGCACGGCCUGAAAAAGUAUACGAACUACAGCAUGCAAGUUCUGGCCUUCACUUCCGGCGGAGACGGCGUCAAAUCCGCACCGAUUCACUGCCAGACCGAACAAGACGCACCCGAAGCUCCGAUCGCCAUUAAAGCUCUGGUCAUGUCCGCGGAAUCCAUUCUCAUCUCAUGGCGCCCACCCAGCCAGCCCAACGGAGUUAUUUCUCAAUAUACCGUUUACACCAAGGCCGAUAACGCAGAGGAACCUACCAGUCAGAAGGUACCGCCGAAUCAACUCACUCACGAAGCGUCUGGACUGGAUAAGCAACGCAGAUACGAGUUCUGGGUGACUGCUAGCACGAAUAUCGGCGAAGGAGAAGCUUCCAAGAUCGUCACGCUAGGACCUAGCGUUCGAGUACCGGCGAAGAUCGCGUCGUUCGAUGACAAAUUCACCGCCACGUACAAGGAAGACGUGAAGCUGCCGUGUCUCACCGUUGGCGUGCCCGCACCGGAAGUAACGUGGAAGGUACGAGGUGCCACUCUCCAGCCGAGUGAUCGAUUGAGACAGCUGCCCGAGGGAUCUCUAUUUAUCAAGGAAGUCGACCGCGCUGAUGCUGGCGAAUACUCUUGCUACGUUGAAAACUCCUUCGGACACGACACCGUGACUCAUCAGUUGGUCGUUCACGCUCCCCCGCACUCGCCGCAAGUCACUCUUACCGCAACCACCACAAACUCCUUGACGAUGAAGCUGCGCCCGCAUCCCACCGACAAUGCACCGAUCCAUGGCUACACGAUUCAUUAUAAACCCGAAUUCGGUGACUGGGAGACCGUUCAGAUCAGCUCCACGGCGCAGAAAUACACUCUUGAAAACCUGUGGUGUGGUUCCCGUUAUCAGAUCUACGUUACGGCAUAUAAUGGAAUUGGUACUGGCGAUCCCUCAGACAUCCUAAACACACGUACGAAGGGCUCGAAGCCGAUCAUCCCCGAAGCGGCGAGAUUCAUCGAGGUAUCCACGAACAGCAUCACCCUGCAUUUGAGCGCCUGGUCGGACGGUGGCUGUCCCAUGCUGUACUUCGUCGUCGAGCACAAAAAGAAGCAUCAGCAGGAAUGGAACCAGGUCUCGAACAACGUCAAGCCGGGCGGUAACUUCGUAGUGUUGGACCUGGAUCCGGCUAGCUGGUACUACUUGCGCGUCACGGCUCACAACAAUGCCGGCUUCGCUGUGGCUGAGUACGAAUUCGCAACAUUGACGGUGACUGGCGGCACGAUCGCACCUCCCGUACGUAACGGCGGUAACGGCGACAACACCGCGGAUGUCAGGCGUUACUUCCCGUGGUUGCCCAGCUGGCUCGACGUAAACGUGGUGGUGCCGGUCGGCGCAACGGUCGUUGUCAUAAUAGUAGGAAUAGUUGUGAUUUGCGUGGCGCUCUCGAGGCGAACUCGAGGUCCGGAGCAAACACGGCUGCGAGGUAUCUCUUCAGCCGACGAGAAAUAUUACGAGGGACAAUAUGACGUAGUCUAUCAGCAGACUGGAGUUGGCGGUGCAACCCUGGACAAACGCAGAUCCGAUCUCCGGGACGAACUGGGGUACAUUGCUCCACCGAAUCGCAAGCUGCCACCGGUACCCGGUUCCAAUUACAACACCUGCGAUCGUAUCAAGCGAGGUGGAACUGGCUCGGUAAGGAGUCACUCGACGUGGGAUCCGAGACGGCACAUGUAUGAGGAAUUGAGUCACUACGUGCCCAACAGAAGAUGCCCGCCGCCACCACGUAUGGGCAGCGCAGAAGGUCUCCCGCACAGAGGUAUGGAGGAUGAGAUCUGCCCGUAUGCGACCUUCCACCUUCUGGGAUUCCGCGAGGAGAUGGAUCCAAGUAAGGCCAUGCAGUUUCAGACAUUCCCUCACCCAGGAAACGGUCACUCCGGCACCAUGGGACCACCCGUAGGACAUCCGACCAACGCUUCCGCUCACAGUCGCUCCGGAUCUCAAUCCAUGCCUCGUCAGAACGGCCGCUACUCUCGAGUACCAUCCCAAGGAGGCGGCAGCGGUACCCACAACGUCUUCUCGCCCGAAUACGACGACCCGGCCAAUUGCGCACCCGAGGAAGACCAGUAUGGAUCGCAGUACGGAUCGCAAUACGGCGCACCCUACGAUCAUUACGGAUCUCGCGGAUCUGUCGGACGUCGCAGCGUAGGAUCAAUUCGCAACAUUCCCGUUUCUGGCUCGCCUGAACCGCCUCCACCGCCGCCGAGGAACCACCAGGAUCAGAACAAUUCCAGCUUCAACGACAGCAAGGAGAGCAACGAGAUCAGCGAGGCCGAGUGCGACCGUGAUCAGCUUGUCAACCGCAACUACGGCGUGAAUGCUCGCGGCAAGGACGGCAUGACCACCGAGGAGAUGCGUAAACUCAUAGAGAGGAAGCCAAACGAAGCUCCCGGCCGGCAAACCGGCAGCCCCCACGGCGGUCACGGGGGACUCCUCACACCCUACGAUACUGUGGCAGUGUAACCUGUAAAAUCAUCAUCUUCCGUGGUCUCUUCCGCCUCUCUCUCGAUAGCCGGCGGCCGCGAGGAAAGCAGCCGAGAGACGCGGAAAUGAAGCGCUACGCUAACUCUUCCCCCGGUGCUGUCGUCGGUCCAAUUUGCAACGAUUUACGAUAGAAAUUAGACGUCGUCGCGAGUAGAUAGAUUCGAUUACCGAAGUAAGGUGUACGCGCGUUAUGAUAUCAUCUCGAGAUCGUGAUUACGGACGAAGAUUCGUGGCCCGCCUCGCGGAAUGGGACCGUCUCCUUCGCCCUGCGACCAUACGGCGUUCUUCUUCUCAAUUUAUCUCUUCGGCCUUUCGAUUUAUCCACGUGCUCUCCAUCGCUUUCGAGAGCGCGUUAGUUUAAACGAUCUGAUGGGCCAAACUUGAAACUGCCUUGUUUUUUAUACUCUUGUUCGGAGUGGAUUCAGUCGAUUACGCACACAUCCAGGAAGGCCAAACUUAAAGACUGUCUGCAUCUACUGCCCUUUCGCGAAGGAGGCACAGCGAUCCGCGAGGCCGGUCAUUUAGCUUCGUGAGUCUUGCGGCUCCCGGAAGUCCUCGCGCACGUUCGACGAUGCGAUCGCGCGACAGUUUCGCAUACCGAUUGGCAAAUUGGACAGAAAGAGCUGCGUACGAGUCUUCCUUGGUGACGUGCAUCCGAAUUCAUGAAACAGACAUCGAUGAUCACGGAUUAAUUAAUUGAACAUACUUGCGGGACGAUUUCUAUUUUGAUUUCUGAAGGAAAUCCAUCUGGGGAUGUUCCCACGUUUUCGUCGAACGUGCGCGGGGGAGAUCGAGACUCGCGACUGCCGCGAGCGGCUCUGUCCUGUAGGAAAGCGAACACGCUCGGAAGUCGUGUUCGCGGACGCUCAAGCCGCGGCAGGGACGCGGCCCGCGAUGGUGCUCUCGGCGACGGUGGAUCUAAACGGGGGUUUCCUCACAUAUGAUGUCCGGGGUGUGAAAUCCCAGGUUACAAGCGGGAGUCGCGUGUAACGGAGGGAGAAACGUAUAACGACAUGUAUAACACACACAUGAGAUUAGUUGGUCGCUUUUUAAGUCAUGGUUGUGCCACACUGCCGCUCCCCGCGGGCGUAUAUACGCGUACAUAUACUAUAUACAUAUACUGUACGAUUUAUAAUUUCGUAACGAAGGUUGUGUCCCCUACACGGUCCCCCCCCCCUUUUUGACGAUCGGCGGUUUUGAGUCUCGACGUCGCGGAGAGCAAGGUUUCUAGGAUAUCGUCGCUUUUCCUCUUUCGUCGUCGUCGUCGUCGUCCUUUUAGUGAUCCGUUUAGGCGAUCGACCACCAUCCCCUCGGGCAUUCCCAUCACACGCUCGAGAGGAAGAGUCUCCCGUACACAGAAAAAUCAGCCGAUCGACUGUCCGUAGGAAGAAAAAAGCGGCAAGCCAUCGAGGGAAUCGCUUCGAUACACGGCAGGCCAGCCACGAGAUAUUAUUACGACAUUAUCUGCUACUCCGCGUGCUCACGCGUGCACGCGAUACACGGCCACAUGAUACAGUCAGCUACACCUCCACACACAUACACACAUAUCCACAUACAGACACAUACCCACAAAAAUACACAUUUGCUGUCGUCCUAUAUGAUAUACAUAUUUAGUCCGCUGUACACACGUAAUUAUCCUCCUCCCUCGUGCUAAUCCUCUUCGAUCGAUUGCGACGUACCGAUAAGUAAUUCACUGAUAUCGCGACGAUGUUCGUUACAGAUAUAAGCGAAGUAAUGAAAACCGAUUUAACGUAGGUAGCUCGUAAGCAUCGGACGGAUGGUCGCGAGAAGGCGUCGUUUCAUCGCGGCGGCGCGGCGAGUUCUCGGGUCGACUGACAGGACUGUUCCCUCAAAAAUCCGAUCGAGAAGAUCGCGAUGAUCGUGAUUACGCGAUGCUCGGUCCCCUACUGGCUUGACGAAGCGGAUGCUCCUCCGUGCUUCUUCGCGUUCUGCAUCAGCCCGAGAUCACGCGACGCCGCGAUCGCGACGCCGCGUCUCAUAGUUCGUUUUUAUCACGAUACUAUUUCUCUAGAUAUAUAUAUAAAGUAUAAAUAUAAAUAUAUAAAUAUAUAUAAAUAUUAUAUAUAAUAUACACUAACUAUAUGUUAUACAUACGUUGUAAGUAGCUAUUUCUAGGUGUCGCAUUUGUUUGCCGAGGCGAUGCACGAGCCGACCCCAGUUUGGCGAUCGGGCGGAAAAGCACCCCCUCAUGAAGCGACUGCUGCGCGAGUAGUAACGUUUACUGUCGAGCUUGUGAUGAUCUCCGUUGUGUGAGACUUUUCGGUGCAAAACGUAUAACUGAUCGGAUCCUAGAAGCGUACCGCCACGUUCAAGAAAGUGCGCCCAGAAAGUUAUCGUCUUUCGUUAUUGUUAAUGUUAACUUGGUGCGCCUAAUUUAUUUAAAUUUGUCCAACUAUUGAUUAAUGGCAAGUUUAUUAAAUUCUUUACUCGUUAUUAACUUAUUAUUGCAUCUUAAAAAUUAAUUUUGAUUUAGUUCUGAUUAUGCUUCGGAUCGAUAUCGUUGUUUCUUAUUUAUUAUUCUAAAAUUAAAUAGGCAGAACGAGGGAAACCUUCCGUGAUGCACGGGAGAGAAUGGUUCCAAGGGUGCUUCGUCCGCGGGUCGCUUCCGCUCCUCGCAGAGGAAUUCCUACCCUCUGCUUCCCGAAACUGGCCGCGGCUCGACGCGCCGACGCAUUUUUACUCAUUGAUGUGAUUUUAAAAGGCUGCGCAGAAGCCUCGUGUCUCGUGUAUAUGUUACGAUCGCGCUCUUUAUCGUAAUUAACGUAGCCGUAUUGUCCCAAGUCACCCUCUACGACUUAUAGCGUCACGUUCUACUCGCUCACUUAACUCGCCCCCGCGCGAAAAACUUCGUCGCUUUUGACUCGCUUCCGGAUUUAACCAGAGCUAGCGCGGCAAAGCUAAUGCAGGCCGACGAUAAUGGUAUAAUGAUGAUAAUGAUAAUGAUGAUGCUGCUGAUUAUAUAUUAAUGCAUUCGUGUAUGUCGCGAUGCGAUCACGUCCGUGCGUUGUUUUCGGUCGCGGCUCAUCAUUUUGUCGCCAAGCGAAGUGGACGUCCGCGACGUCGCACAGGUGAUAAACGCGUUAUGUUAUGUGAACGGACACGGGACGCUCGGCAGAGAGGGCUGGAAAACCACGAGGAAGAACGUUCGAUUCAAUUAAUCGAUUAGUUAAGUCGAAUUUCAGCGAAAUAUCAAAUGUCAACACAGGCAAUGCGAUAUACAACGUAAAGACUGAGAAUUCACGUCCACGUUGCUUCAUUUAUCUCGCGCGGAUGAUUGCUUUGCUGCCACGCAGCGUCCCUGAGUGCGAGCUGAAAGUAAAAUUCGCCUACGCAUUCGUUUGCCAGCCAUCUCUGCCCCUUUCUGCCGAGAAACGUCCACGAGCCCGUCGUCGUUCGCUCGUCGUCUCGCGCGACGACGACGCGUAAUUCUUUGCAGGAUCGAUGUUACUUUUUGGACGCCGCGCCGCAACGCGGUCGCUCGCUUGUGUACCGCUUGAUUGAUAUACGCGUUGAUAAAAGCAUGUUUGGCUGUUCUUUCUGUACGACGGCGAACGCGGUUCUUCGAGCACGUGGCCCCUUCCUCAUCGUCACCUGCCGGACCCGAAGCGUUUUUCCUCCGCGCAUCCCUUGAUCCUCAACGAAAGCGGGAUGGUCAUCGUAAAAAAUCGAGAGGAGAUGCGCGCUCGCAGCAUCGUGCUCCGCGAUCCCAGAGACUCGAGGACCCGCUCGCAAUGUACCGUUUCCUCAACGCCACUAUUUUAUGUUUUUGUACCAAAGUUGUAGCGUCUAACUUUGCGUUAAAUAAAUAAUCUAAAACGGAA